AAGAUCAUUGACUGCCUGACAUCGUUCGCUUCUCUUCCUCCCCGUCCCUCAUUUUUCCUCCUCAAAGUAGCCACCGAGCCAGGGAAUCAGAGCAGAGCCAAGAUGGAGAAGACGGAGAGAGAGAAAGACUGAAGAUGUCCUAAUAAUAGAAAAACAUUUGAUUUGUCGCAACUGCAUCACAAGAACCCUAAGCCAAUAAUCCAAUGGAGAACAUUCUCGGGGAUGUCAGCAGCAGCACCACCGUGAAGCUGCCGCCGAGCCCGACGCCAGGACCGACCAACUGCAGUGCGUGGGACCAACAGUGGGGGGCGCCAUAUCUGCACAGGCUGGCGCACCUCGAUGCUCAGCUCUAUCAGGAUUACUAUGCAGUGUGGCUCUCACUUCUGGUGUCCAACUGCCUGAUGCUGGUGAUCGGCGUGGUCCUCAACAGCCUGGCCCUCUACGUGUUCUGCGGCGCGUCCACCCAGUCCUCCGCGCCAGUGGUUUACACGAUAAACCUCGCGAUAGCCGACCUGCUGGUGGCGCUGUCGCUCUCCGCGCGCAUCGCGCUCUACCACAGCGGCGGGAGCUGCCUGGCCUGCUCCUACGUGCAUAACUUCAGCUACUUCGUCAACAUGUACUGCAGCAUCCUCUUCUUGACCAGCAUCUGCAUCGACCGCUACCUGGCAGUGGUGCACGCCUCGGGCACGCUGCACCGGUGGAGGACGGCGGGAGCCGCCCGCUGCCUCAGUGCUCUAGUGUGGUUCAUCGCUGUGGUGGUCACCUACUCCUUCCAGACCGCGGCGCUAGAGUUCGGCAACUCCUGCGUGCUGCUCCCCACCCUCUUCUACCUGACGGUGCUGGAGUUCCUGCUGCCCCUGCUGGCCGUGGUGGGCUUCACCCUGCGCGUGGCCUGCUUCCUCAGCUCCGCCCCCUCCGGCCGGGGCCACGCCCCCAUGCCCCGCCAGAGCCUGGAGCGGCGGGCGCGCGCCGUGCGGCUCCUGGCCACCGUGCUGGUGGUGUUCACCGUGUGCUUCACGCCCUUCCACGUGCGGCAGGCCCUGGUCUACUUCCGGGUGAGAGGCGGGGGAGGGGGGGGAGCUAGAGGAGGAGGAGGAGGAGGAGGAGAGGGGGAGGAGGGGCCAGGGAAGGAGGCGGGGCAGGUGCUGGCCUAUCACGUGACGGUGACGCUGAGCAGCCUCAACAGCUGCCUGGACCCCGUGGUGUACUGCUUCGUGACGGACAGCUUUAAGAGGCUGUGGCGCCGCAGGAUGAGGAGGAGGAGGGGCAGGGGGGGGAGGAGGAGGAGGGGAGGAGGAGGAGAGAUGCCGUCGGUGAAGAAGUGUUCAGGGACAGCCAUGGCGCUGGCUCAGAGUGUGGCCACGCUCACGCUGGCCUCCGUGCCCGGACCCUCCCCUGCCUCUUCCAACCUCGCUCGGGAGCACUCCGCCUAGAGGACCUCCAGGUAGACCUCAUUCCCAAGGCGGAGGAGCUGGUGCCAUGCUCAGCAGAGACAUAGCGAUAAAGGGAUGACAUAGCAGAAGAGUUGCUACGGAAGAGGAUGAUGAGGUCAGAUAACGGAGCCUGCAUCUUGUAUUAAUGGCUGAAGUCUAUCCUUUGGGUAUUUAAGGGCCUUUUAGUGCAGGCAGUGGCGUGCACAGGUAGACCCAAGGUGGUGCUAUAGCACCUGCCCUUUGCCCCCUGACCCUAUCAAGUGCCCUUUUGAAAAAAAUAAAAUAAUCUGAAUUUUUUUUUUUUUUUUUAAACAGUGUAUGUGGCCCAUGCCGACAUUAUCAUCUAUAAAGGCCCGACAAUUAAAAACGUGUGAUAAUAAUGGCCCAAUAUAUAUGCCCCCCCCCCCCCCCCCCCCCCUCCUCCUCGCACACAACUCUCUUCCUUUGUCAACGUGAACUCGCAGAGCGGACACAAACGGAGGCGCGUUGCAGCUGUAGUUCACAGCUGCUGCCCACACACACCUACUCCCCUGCCCUGCCCAACCGGCGAUGUAACACAUAAAUGAAUUGAGUCUAGAGUGUAUUGUUUGCCCCCUAAGCCUCCUUUCUGGAUACUGUGACUGAGGAGCUGAAGUCCCACUGCUAGAAUCAUUCAGUCCUUCUACCCUUCACGGUACAUGCCAACUGGGUAAGCAUGCCAAACGCAGAAGCCAAGGAAGCCGUCCACAUCCUGAUUUCUAUGGAGAAGACGAGGACCAGCUGAAGACAGAACUAAAGGUGUUCCACUCCAGCUUUCCUGCAAAAGACCUCAAAGAAAUCUUUGCCAUACUGAGGGAAAACAGUGGCCGGCUCAUCUUUCCUGCCUUUGUGAAGAUGAUAAAAAUCGAUGAAACAUUGCCAGUGACAACUGCUUCUGUGGAGAGAUAAUUUUCAAAGCUGAAAAUUAUCAAAACUAAACUAAGAAGUCUGUGUGGAGAAGAACGGCUCUCUGACCUUCUCCUGCUUGCUAUAGAAAAAUAUAUCAAGAUCAAUCAUAGUGAGGUCAUCAACAUCAAGACAUGGCACUGAGGAGGAUGCUGCUUUAGAAAAGUGGUAAUGAUCACUCUUCACUUCGAAAUGACACUUUAAUGUGCCCUUAUUUUUCCCUGAGCACCUGCCCCCCAGAAUGUCUGUGCACGCCACUGAGUGCAGGUGUGAUUUUGGUUGAUUUCUCAACAAGCUGACAUAGUCCAUCAGUAAGAACUAGAUAAAGUAGAAUUUCAAAGAUAGAGAAGUAAACCAACUCAGUCCCCUUCGAUUAUUCUAAAAUUGUUCUAUCGAUAUUUCCAAAUAUGUUUAGAGAACGGCUCUGGGACAUUCUGAGUCUAUGAUGGCCCGUGUGAUCGUAAGAGUGAAACAGAGACUGAGGCAAACGUGCUGAAGGCGGGGGUUGUGUAGGGGAAGGACAGCGUGCAACGGAGCUGCCCUCUCAAAGCGAACGCAUUUAAGAGGCUGGAGACGGAGCCUGCCCUCAACAGAAUAAACUGUUGUAGUCGUAACUCUCCCCAGAGCUUAUUGUAAAAACCACUCUCCGCGCCUCGUGUUUACCUGUUCGUCUCAUCGUGUCUGGACGGAGACGCGAUGUUUGCCGUUUCUAUAGCGAUCCUCGUAUCCCAGGAGUAUUCCAGGAAAUCCUGCGGACGCUGAUAACAUUGUUUACGUGAUGGAAGUUACUAAGUGAGGUUUCGUUCAUUGUUUCCUCUUUUGAAUCACAUGGAAGUUGUUCACGACGUGGCACAUUAUGAAACAAAGUUUGACUGACAGACGCUAAGAGGUCAAACGCAGUCGACGCGUCUGGGAUAGUAGGCCCUACAUUGAGAUUGUGGAAGCCAUUGCCCUAUACUCUUUCCCUUUCACUACGUAUAAGUGGACCAAUACAAGUGUAUUCAUGACUUAAAACUUUAGUUAUUGUAAUUUUUUCAUAUUUUAUAUCACAUAAUGUACUCAAAAACCAAAGAAAUUACUUCAGAAUUUGUAAUUGUCAGUCUCUAAAAUAAAGUUUCUUUUAUUUUGUA